AGAUCAAUGACAUUUAUACUGAGCAGUCUCCUCCUGGUGGGGACUUGUGUACUGGAAGUAGCGGGAACUAACCUUCUGGGAAAUGGAGACUUUGAGGCGGGUACCCUGGGGACUUACUGGAGGAAGUCGGGAUGUUCUUGGGCCAUAAGCACCUCAGAGAAACGUGGAGGAGCGCAGAGUGUCCACAUCACCGGGAGGUCAAAUAACUGGGGAGGACUUGGCUAUUUUAUUCAACCACCUGAUGUCACUUCUGGUAAAUUGUACGCUUUCGUUGGACACAUCAAAUUGGAGAAUCUUGCGGCUGGUCACUUGUAUCACGAGGUGAUGGUGAAGCUAAGAAUAGAAAAGCUCGACGGAAGUAAAACUUACUCCAAUCUCAGCAUACACCCUCGACUUCGACCAGGAUCCUGGGAAGAGGUGGGAGGGGACGUCAAACUCCCAAGCAAUGUCAAAGAAGUCAAGAUCUAUAUCCAAAUUGAGGAAAAGGAAGUUAGUUAUUUCUUUGAUGACGCAAGCCUUGUGGAGCUCGUACCGGACCCGGACUGGAGGUCAAAAGCUGAGUCCAACAUUGACCUGAACCGCAAGGUCACUCUCGAUAUCCUUGUAAAAAAGGUCAGAGGAAUCAAGUUGAAAGAUUUCACGAUAGAGGUUGAGCAGAAGCGAAGUGAGUUUGGACACGGUACAGCUCUUCAGGCGAAGCUAUGGACCAACUCAAGUUAUUCUGUCUUCAAAGACUUUGUGUACGAUACGGUUAAACCGGAGUGGGGUGUGUUGAUAAAUGCUCUCAAGUGGAAGGGCAUGCGAUGGAGCGAGAGCACCCUCAGGUUUGACGAUGCUGACGCAACUAUCAGUGACCUGCUGGAUCACGGGUUGUCAGUACGUGGUCACAACGUGUUCUGGAGUGUGGAGAAAUGGGUCCCCGAUUGGGUGCGGAGCGUAACGGAUCCAGCCGAGAUGGUGACAAAAAUCGACGAUAGAAUCAGUGAAGCUAUCAAUCUUACCAAAGGGAGGCUGGCUCAUUGGGAUGUCAACAACGAGAACCUGCACGACGACUUCUUUGAGAGGACGACCGGGAAUAUCAACAUUACCAUGGAUAUGUUCCGGGAUGUGCACACGGCUGAACCGAACACACAACUCUUCCUUAACGAUUUUGGUGUCGUAAACCAGGGCAGGUACACAACGGCACUUAAGAACCAAGCCAGGAGUUUUGUGGAUGCACAAGUACCUAUCCAUGGUAUUGGGGUUCAAAGUCAUCUCGGGUCAACCGACGUCGACAUGACCCAACUCAAGUACCGUCUAGAUAAGGUGGCCGAGGCCGGUCCGCCGAUCUGGGUGACGGAGUUGUCCAUCGCGGGAUCCAACUUCACGGCAAAGGCACAGGCCCUGGAGGACGUGAUGACCAUGUAUUUUAGUCACAAGAAGGUGGCAGGCGUCAUUUUAUGGGGAUUCUGGGGUGCAUCUCUCAAGUGGCCAGCUAGCACCGAUGCGACACCAACGGUUGCUGUGAACAAAGCAGGUCAGAAGUAUAUGGAUCUUGUCAACACCGCAUGGAGAACAAACUGGAGUGCAAAGUUGAAAAACUACAAGAACCAGAGGUAUUUCAAGGGAGACUACUCCAUCAAAGUAAAGAAGAAUAACGUUACACUAAAGACCAUUAACUUCAAUCUUGUGAAAAACCGAAAGCUGAAAUUAAAGGUUAAAGGAACAACUGCCUCUCCAAAGAUAUCCGUGAACCUCAAGUGAAUCUACAUUGUCCUUCACCCCGCCACCGGAUGUGCUUAAACAGACAUUUUCACUAGCUUCGGGGAAAUGAAGAAAGGACAUUUGAAAUGCGAAAGUUAUAAACAAAUAAACGUCCAAUGCUUUAACUUGAAACAAGUACAAAAAGUGUAAAAUAACAUGGACCAGUUAAAGGGAGGUCUUAUUCGGCAUUAUUCCAAUAAAAUCUCUUUCGUUCCUUCCACUUACAUAAGCCUUAAGGAAACAAACACAACUAAAAAAUUGAAUAUAUAGUGUUCUUGUUGUUUCUGGGUAUUUUUCGACAUUGACUGUUUUGUUGAAAAUAGGCGAACUUCGAGAUUUAAUUCCAAAGUACCAAAUAUCGAGAAUCACCAUACAUCAACUUGAACUGCAAUUUUACCAAUCGUAUGGGUGAAGUCAAGAACUAUGCUAGAAAAAAUUAAUUUAUUGGGCUCCUCUCAUAUUUCAAUAUCUAGGUAAAGCAAAGUGAAUAUCAGUUUGUUUAUCUUUACAUGUUGCUUAACAUAUUCAUUCAACCUCCACGGCAUGUACCUACUACGGCAAACAGCAUAGCUA